AUGUCCCCAGAGCCGAUCUUCGAGGGCCCCACCUUCGACUGCCAUCCAGAUGUCUCUGCACUGGCCCCUUACGGAUCUUCCUAUGGGUGGUGGGUCCACGUAAGGACAGCCCCGCCGCCAGGCGCUCGCUGUCAAGCACCCACCCCAGGCCUGGCUUCAGAGUGGGGCACUGCUCGCCUCUCCGCAGAUGUAACCUGUAACUUGGCCCGAUCCUGUGACCUGCAGAGGGGGGUGAUCUGGAGAACUAAAGGGGAUAGUGAAGGGGCAGGAGGAGUUGGAAGCAGAUCACAAGUCAAUCUGGAACUGUCCUCUCCAACUGCAGACACAGACAGACCUCCAGCUGGGACCAGCCCCGCUAAAGAGGACAGCUCUCCCGACUCGAACCUAACAUUAGAGUCCGACUCCAGUGGCAUCUUCCUGUCCCUGUCCAAUCAGAGCCAGGAGGAGGCAGGCUCAGACAGCGAUCAGCCAAUCAGUGGAUCCGACCUGGGCAGUAGCAGCACGUCACUGGACAAAGAUGGAGAGGAUGGUGAGGUAAUGCUAAAAGGGUCUCCUCAUGAAAUCAAGAGAGAUAUGACCACAAUACAAGCAGAUGUGACCACGCAGUUCAGCCAGUCCAAGGUCAUGCAGGAAGUCAAAGGAACGCAACUCCAAAAACCAGAAGAAGGGGAUUUCCUGUGCACAGAUAGCUUUGUGUACCUGGCUGCUCCCGCCUGCCUCCUGCUGGGACCUCCUGGGACGACAAGCUACAGUGGCAGGGAGUCGGACUCGGAGAGCUCCGAUUCCGGACCUGUGGAUGUGUCCGUUCACGGCUGUGGAUCUGUAGCUGGAGACUCAGACUGGGACUCAGACCUGUCGGACUCGGACCCCAGCCGCCCCCCCAGAACCUCCUCUGGGACCAAGGCCUCAGGCACCAAGGCCUCUGGGACGUCUCGCUCCAAACGACCCCCCGUGGAGCCACAAUGGGACCUGUAUGAAGAGCCACCAGAGCCAGAGUGUGUCGAAAGUUUGGGACCAGCUCCUUCCAGCCCCACCUCCUGCCCAUCUCCCCCAUCCCCCACAGACAAUUCACCAGGAUCAUCUGAAACUUCAACCACCGCCAAGAGGGUCACCUGGCAGUUCAAACCCGCCCAGAGGUCAGUGUGCACAGGAAGUAGAAAGGAAAAGGACGUGACAUCAUCAGGAAGCGAUCCACACAGACCGCCCCCCUCUUCCUCCUCGUCUUCCUCAUCCUCGCCAUCCUCUUCGUCAUCCGGAUGA